UGAUUAUUAUCAAUCAGUAUCAUUAUCAUCAUCAUUCAGGUUCAUAAAAAAGUUUGUUUUUCGUAUUGGAUUCAGAAUUACGAAUUAAUUUUAUAUAUUACUACUGGUUAUUGUAAUAUGGCCCAUUUAAUCAAGCAAGAACAAGACAAACAUCUAAAAUUCGUUUUGGAUCAAUCGGAAGAAGUCUUGAUCGAGUUCUGCAAAUUGGCCAUCGAGUACAUCAAUAGCGGCAUAAAUGAGAAAAAAUGUUCCAUCGCUGCCAAAAAACUUGAUACCACAUUUGAAACGAUCAAAACCUGUGUCGAAGCACUGGUCUGCCUUCUGAUCGAUUCCAGCAAGCUUCACAUCACCGAGGAGGAAUUCCUGACGCUGCGAAGCCUUCAGUUCACCGAUGGACAAAUCGCUAUCCUGUGGCAGUUUGUCAGCAGCAAGCGUAGCCUGGUGGAAAACAUUCUCAAACAUUCCUCGGACAGUGAAUUGCACUUCCGAGAUUUGGAAUGGCGCCUGGAAGCGAAGGUGGCCUCCCGAUCAAUGGUCAAGCAAGCCACUCCGAUUAUAGCCAUGAAGCUGCACCUGGACAGCGAAGUGGUCAACGAACACAAGGAAAAGUUACAGUCUUCUGAUGGCGAGCCGAGCAAACAGAACACUCGCAAGGAAGUCUUAUUGCAAACCGAUCCAACUAGCUUGGUACAUUUGAUACAAGUGCUAGAACAAGCACUUAUCGAUUCCAAAACCCAUCGGGUGCGGAACUUUGUAAAGUCGUUCCAGAAAUAACGUGUAAUGUGAAGUCGAGAAAAUUUAUUCUACAAAAUGAUCCUCAACCGGUGAGAUUCCACGACCCUCAGCUGAAUGGCUGCGCAUUUACCACUACGGCCAUUCUAACAUGUGUAAGAACCAUAAGUGUUGUGUUAUUUUAUUGUUUGCUAGAACAGCAGUAGUAAUUCGUGGAUGCAAUGUUGGAGAAAUUUUUAGAUAAGUUUCUGGAGGAAUCUAAUGAUGAAGUCUUAAUACAUUAACAAAGGAAUCCAUAUGGAAAUGGCUGGAGAACUCCAUGAGGAACAAAAUCUUGUAGAAGAUCCUGGAAAACCCUUUUUUAGAAACUGUGGAUCAUA